AAAGUCAAAAUAAAACGACACGACUCUACGGGGCACUGUUGAGCCAAUCGAGAAAGUGGAAACCCUAUCAAGACGUUGAUCAGAAUUCUGGCCAGCUGGUGAGGUGAACCCCCUCCGGCUAAAUUGGGUUUGCCGUUGCUUGCCGAUAGGUUCCUUUUCCAACGCGGCCGGACUAGAUUCGUCGACCCGCCGAUUUCACUCAUCUGUAAGAAAAUCCAAGCUAGCUCGGAAGCUGCCUGUUUUGGGCAAGAGGAAUUGCUAAGUGCCGAGUGGCGAGUAGGCAGUGGCGGGAUUUUGGAACCAGGGGAGAGGGAGAAGGAGGGGUGUUUCCAACUUUCCACUUUCUAGUCCAGGGCUCUCGGUUAAUAGUAGUCAUGGUCAUGUUUUGACCCCCUGCCUUUCGGAGGUAUGGAGGGAGCAGUGGCAGUGAUCUACUUUCUGUUCCCAGUCUCAACUCUCAAGAUCCAAAUCGAUCGCUCUUUUGCUUGGUGUUGUGGCUGGUUUUUCUGAGCUCUAAACGGAACCGAAAUAGAAAAAGUAAAUCAGAGAGAAGUGAGACGGAUCCGGAAGGCCGAACAGGAGAAGUGAGGGAGAAGAAGGAGAAAGGGAAAGAUCAAAUGCGAUAUCAUACUUAUUUUUUCCUUUGAUUUAGUACAGGAGGAGAAGGUCUGAUCAAUAUUUUAUUACUUUUUGAGAUUUAAGUCCGGUUUCCUAUUUUAUUGCAGAAACAGUGACGCUAUUCCGUACCAGGGAUAGUAACAAUAAUAAUAUUACACAAGGAGAAGAAGAAAAAACAACAAGAAAACUGAAAUGGAGGACUAUCUCAAUAAGAAUUUCGGAGAUAUUAAGCCUAAGAACUCGUCGAACGAGGCGCUUCAGCGAUGGAGAAAGCUCUGUGGCGUCGUCAAGAACCCCAAGCGAAGAUUCCGCUUCACUGCUAACCUUUCCAAGCGUUACGAAGCCCAGGCUAUGCGACGCACCAAUCAGGAGAAGUUGAGAGUUGCAGUUUUGGUCUCAAAAGCUGCACUUCAGUUUAUCCAUGGCAUUACAUUAUCCAACGAAUACACGGUACCUGAGGAAGUCAAAGCAGCAGGUUUUCAGAUUUGUGCUGAUGAGUUAGGAUCCAUUGUUGAAGGCCAUGAUAUAAAGAAACUGAAAAUUCAUGGUGGGGUGGAGGGUAUUGCCAACAAGCUCUCCACGUCAACUACCAAUGGGCUUACCACUUCUGAGGAUUUACUCAAACGUAGGCAAGAGAUUUAUGGAAUUAACAAAUUCACUGAGAGUGAAGUAAGGAGUUUCUGGGUGUUUGUAUGGGAAGCCCUUCAUGACAUGACACUAAUCAUCCUUGCUGUUUGUGCCUUUGUGUCACUGAUUGUUGGUAUAACAAUGGAAGGAUGGCCAAAGGGAGCCCAUGAUGGUCUUGGAAUUGUCUCAAGCAUCCUCUUGGUUGUAUUUGUAACUGCAACAAGUGACUAUCGACAAUCUCUACAGUUUAAAGAUUUGGAUAAGGAAAAGAAGAAGAUCAAUGUGCAUGUUACUAGGAAUGGGUACAGACAGAAGAUCUCAAUAUACGAUCUACUUCCUGGAGAUAUUGUGCAUCUUGCGAUUGGAGACCAGGUCCCAGCAGAUGGCCUGUUUGUGUCAGGGUACUCCUUGCUAAUAAAUGAAUCUAGUUUAACUGGUGAGAGCGAGCCUGUGGGGGUGAGUGUGGAGAAUCCUUUUCUGCUAUCUGGCACUAAAGUCCAAGAUGGGUCAUGCAAAAUGCUUGUCACUACUGUUGGAAUGAGAACUCAAUGGGGUAAAUUGAUGGCUACGCUUAGUGAAGGAGGUGAUGAUGAGACCCCGUUACAGGUCAAAUUGAAUGGAGUAGCGACUAUCAUUGGGAAGAUAGGUCUGUUCUUUGCUGUUGUUACCUUUGCAGUUUUGGCACAAGGCCUCUUCAGCCAUAAGUUUCAAGAGGGGACGCACUUGAGCUGGUCUGGAGAUGAUGCACUAGAAAUGUUGGAGUACUUUGCGGUGGCAGUUACCAUUGUUGUGGUUGCAGUACCUGAGGGUCUGCCCUUGGCUGUAACUUUGAGCCUUGCUUUUGCCAUGAAGAAGAUGAUGAAUGACAAGGCACUUGUGCGUCAUCUUGCAGCGUGUGAGACGAUGGGGUCUGCUACAAGCAUAUGUAGUGACAAAACUGGUACACUUACUACUAACCAUAUGACUGUUGUGAAAGCAUGCAUUUGUGGGAAAAUCAAGGAAAUAAGCCGCUCCAUGGAGGCUUCUAGUUUGUCCUCUGAAAUUCCUGAUACUGCUAGAAAACUUCUUCUCCAAUCUAUAUUUAAUAACACUGGGGGAGAUGUUGUGGUUAACAAAGAUGGAAAACUCGAGAUCUUGGGAACACCAACUGAGUCAGCUUUAUUGGAGUUUGGCUUGUCACUAGGUGGAGACUUUCAUGCUGAGCGCAAACAAUCAAAACUUGUUAAAGUUGAGCCAUUUAAUUCCAUGAAGAAGAGAAUGGGUGUUGUGUUAGAGCUUUCUGAAGGGCAUAUGCGUGCCCACUCUAAAGGAGCUUCAGAGAUAAUACUGGCUGCUUGUGACAAGGUUAUAGAUGCAACGGGUGAGGUUGUUCAUCUUGAUGAAGCUUCUACCAACCAUCUCAAGGAUACAAUAGAACAAUUUGCUAGUGAAGCUCUUCGAACUCUUUGCCUUGCUUAUAUGGAAAUAGAAAAUGGGUUCUCUGACAAUGAUUCAAUUCCAGCUACAGGAUACACUUGUAUAGCAAUUGUGGGUAUUAAAGACCCUGUCCGACCUGGAGUCAAGGAGUCUGUUGCAAUUUGUAGAUCAGCUGGUAUUACUGUACGAAUGGUUACAGGAGACAACAUAAACACUGCAAAGGCCAUUGCUAAGGAAUGUGGUAUUCUGACUGAUGGAAUAGCCAUUGAAGGUCCGGACUUCAGGGAGAAGAGUAAUGAAGAAUUGCAUGAAUUAAUUCCAAAAAUUCAGGUCAUGGCUCGAUCUUCACCUUUGGAUAAGCAUACAUUGGUGAAGCACUUGCGAUCCUCAUUAGGUGAAGUUGUUGCAGUGACUGGAGAUGGUACAAAUGAUGCUCCAGCACUUCAUGAAGCAGAUAUUGGACUAGCAAUGGGCAUUGCUGGAACUGAGGUGGCAAAGGAGAGUGCUGAUGUCAUAAUACUUGAUGAUAAUUUCUCCACAAUUGUGACUGUGGCCAAAUGGGGGCGUUCAGUUUACAUAAACAUUCAAAAAUUUGUUCAGUUUCAACUGACUGUUAAUGUGGUUGCCCUAAUAGUUAAUUUUUCAUCUGCAUGCUUGACAGGGAAUGCUCCUCUCACAGCUGUUCAACUUUUGUGGGUGAACAUGAUUAUGGAUACACUGGGAGCACUUGCACUUGCUACCGAACCUCCCAAUGGUGAGUUAAUGAGGAGAUCACCAGUCGGAAGGAAAGGGAAUUUUAUCAGUAAUGUGAUGUGGAGGAAUAUCUUAGGACAAGCCUUGUAUCAAUUUGUUGUCAUAUGGUAUCUUCAAGCACAAGGAAAACCAUUGUUUCAUCUUGAUGGCCCUGAUUCUGAUCUGGUUCUGAACACACUGAUUUUUAACUCAUUCGUCUUUUGUCAGGUUUUCAAUGAAAUAAGUUCCAGGGAGAUGGAGCAGAUAAAUGUUUUCAAAGGCAUACUGAAGAACUAUGUAUUCGUGGCUGUACUCACCUGCACUGUUCUCUUUCAGAUUAUAAUCAUUGAGUUCCUUGGUACAUUUGCAAAUACAUCUCCGCUCACUCUACCACAGUGGUUCCUUAGUGUGUUCAUUGGAUUUCUUGGAAUGCCAAUUGCUGCUGUCAUUAAAUUGAUCCCUGUGGGAUCUAAAUAGGUAUUCAAACCUUUUUUUUUCAACAUCAGUUAGAUUGAAUUUUAAGAGUUGUAUUAAUGAUAAGGUUACAGUUUAUCUCCAUAGUCCUGUAGGUGGUUGAGAAACAAGCUAGUUCUAAUUUUUCUCGAUCAAAUUAUUUCUCUUCUUGAGGAUGUAUUUUGACGAUACAUAUACUAUUAUCCAUUUGGUGUGUAAAUUUCAGAUAUCCACCAAAUAUUAGAAACCUUCGUUAUA